CCUAAGAAGCAAAAUGUUGAGAAACUUAUUCAAUACAUGCCCACUCAAUAAAAGAUGCAAGAUAAAAUCACAGCAAAUGAUUUUGGAAAGGGAAAAUAUUUGCUCAAUUUUUUAUCUGAGGAAGAUCUUCAAGCUGUUUUAAAACAAGGGCAUUUCCAUUAUAAUUUCUUUAUGUUCGUUUUGGUGUGUUGGGAACCGAUAGUUCACGAUGACUAUCCAUGGAUCAUACCAUUUUGGGUGGAGAUCACUGGAAUACCAUUGCACCUCUGGACAGUGAAGAACUUAAGAAACAUUGGAAGCAAGCUCGGACACAUCAACACUAUGGAGCUAUCUGCUGGACGGCUUCUGAUUGAUGUCGAUACAAGAAAGCCACUUGUGUUUACAAGGAAAGUAAAAUCACCUGAAGGAGAGGAAGUAACCAUCAAGAUCAACUAUGAGUUGCUAUUUAAACAUUGUUCAUUUGGUGGUAUGUUGACCCAUAAGGAGUCUUACUGCCCUAAGAAGAUGGAGUUCACGAGUGUUCAAUCAAGUGAGGCAAGAGUCUUUGCUCGUGUCCAACUACCUGCAGACAACCUCACACAGCUGAGUUUACAGUCGGUGCCAAGGGAACGUGAUAGCCAUAUUACUUGUAAGGAUUACACCUCGCGCAGGAAUUAUCAUGAUGAUGUUGUUUCAAGACCAUACAAGCCUGAGAAUCAUUCUUCCCACCGAUCUGAGAGAGAGUUACGCUACAAGAAUUCUGCUCAUCACGAGGUUUCAAACCGUGACAGUCAAGAUAGGUAUGGUCGAUGGUCAGGAGAUAGCUGCAUCAUUGGCAAGUCUUACGAUGCAAGAUACGGUCGCCGUUAUGCUCCUUAUGAGCAGAGGACGCCAUAUCACUCGAAGGAAAAGUAUAAAAAAGGUGGUGAGUCGGGUUUCUACAAGGCCGUAAAUCCCUUUGCUAUCACUGAAGGUGCAUCAAAAGCUCUCUCCCUUCAACAUGUGCAGGAUGAUCACGUUGUGGCAAUGGCUAGCAAGACCGAGAACCUGAGUCACAACAGUGGAAAGAAGCUGGCUAGUACUAUUGUUACACCAUCAAGUAGUGCUCUCCGUAGCGAUGCGAACGUUAUUGUGCGUUUGAUAUGGACUUUUCAAGUGUUCAAGGUUCAAAUCGAUGUAGUAUUUUAGAUGUCAAUCAAUAAAUCAAUGUAGUAUUUUAGAUGUCAAUCAAUUUUUAACUGUUUCGAUGCAAAAAGAAUAUAUGUUCAAAUUUAAUCUAAGUACAUUCAGUGAUUUGAUUAAACUAACAAGACUCUAACACAAUUAACUAGCAAACUUUCAAGCAAAUAGAUAAAGAAGGAAUCAUGGGUAUAAGAAUUUGAUGUUAAAUAACUAAGAUUCAAUCUAGAAUGGCAAAGUUUCAAUCAACACAUUUCCCUAAGUCUAGAUAACAAUCCUAAGCAAGUUUUUUUGUCAAGACAAAUGCUCAUUUACUCUCAUUGAUCAAACAUCAAAUGUAUUUUGUUUGUGUCAAUCAUGCAAUCAUUAAGAACAUAUCAUUCAACUAUCUAAACUCCCCUAACAUCAAAUGUCUUUGGUGGGGUAAUCGAAGAGCAUGUUGAGUUGGCUCAUACAUUUCAUCGAACAACUUUCGGACAAUGAAAUGUCUAGAUUUCUAAUCUAAAAUGGCCAACUCUAGAUUAGCAUUAAGAUCAUUCAAUUAAGCAAGGAAACAUAUUAAUCUAACUCUAAACACUCUAGAUCAUCACUUAAUCAUCCUAAUCAUCUUAACUCAUAAAUUCAAAGAUGACUACUUACUCAUUAUCAUGAUAGACACUAAAUGAUUAGUUGAUCUAAGUCUAAACAUGAUUAAUGAUCAAAGCAAUCAAGCAAACACAAAAAGAUAUAGAUCAAAAUUGAAUUUUUCACUACAAAAUGGUUUUUGAUUUGAUAGAUAACAAGAUCAUCUCUAAGAUUAGGUUUACAAUAUAUUUUAUACUAGCUUCGAAACAAAAGGUAAAAUGGUAAAAAGCCUAAUUUCGGACAACGGCUGUAACCUCCUCUCGGCCGCGACCACAGCCUGCGAUCGUCAUGCUCCGGCCGCGGCCUCCACAUGCUGCGAAUAUGGCCUGCGAAACGCCUUGGUCGAACUCGUCGUGACGCGGCCGCGGCUGGCUUCACCCCGCGAAAGUUGCCUGCUACCAAAGCCCUGUUCGUUUGGUUGCCGCAGGUUUCUGCGUCGGCGUCGGCGGCAGCGGCAAUGGCUGCGUCAUGUACAUUUGGUUGUUGUUCGUUUUGCAGACGUUGACGCCGACAUAGAUUGUUGUUUGUUUCGAAAACGCCGGAAAUUGACGCUGACGCUGACGCAGAAAACAGAUUUGUGUUGUUCGUUUGGAAGACGCUGCGGCUAUUUUCAUUUAUUUUAAUUUUUAAUUUUUAUAAAUUUGUAAAAUUAUAUUUUAAAUAAAUAAAAUAUAGUUUAAAUAUAUUUACAUCCAUAAAAAUAUUUUAUUUAAUUGGUAAUAAAUUUUUGGUCAAAUAUAAAAAUAUAACAAUAUUUUUUGUCAUAAAUCAAUAAAUCAUAACUAAAAUAUAUUAAAAUAUUUAUCUCAAAAUAAAAACAGUAGCAAGACACUGAUAACAGAAUCAAAAUCAACAGAGAAAAUGAACAAAGACAUGCUUAAUCUAGAGAAUGGGCUUAGUUGUACACAGACAACACAAAUCCUAUCAGUCUAUCACAAGAAGUAUUCAAGACACAAAAGAUUACAUCAGAACAAACCCAUUCUCUUUCCCCAUCAGAUUCAAAACCCAUUCUCAAAAACUCAUGAAAUACAAAAAGAGCUUCUUCUUGUCUUAGUUACCUCAACAAUGCUUGAAACCCAAAUCGGAGGAGAUUAGAGAGCUCGUGGUCAGCGUCAGAGAUGAGAGCUCGAGGUUUGCGUCCGAGAUGAGAGAGCUCGAGCCGAAGAUGAGAGAGCUCGUGGUCUGCGUCAGAGAAGAGAGAGCGCAAGCCGGAGAAGGAGAAGGAGAAGGAGAAGAGCGAGCUCGAGCCGGAGAAGCGAGAGCUCGAGCCGGAGAAGCGAGAGCUCGAGCUGAGGUCUGCGUCAGAGAGAGAGAGAGAGAGAGCACUGGGUUUGCGUCGGAGAUCGAGAGAGAGAGAGAGCUCGGAGAUGUCAGAGAUCAAGAGAGAGAGAGAGAGCUCGGAGAUGUAGGAGCUCGGAGAUGCGUCAUGGAGUUCAUGCUCCUCCGCCGUGCUCAGCCGCGAGUUCUCCAUCUCCACCGUGAAAUCAAAGCACGGUUUCACUCGUCGUUUUCUAAUCAUUGCGCCUCCGUUGAACCACAAAUCCUCCAUUGCCGUGCUCCGUCGUCACCGGAAUCGAGUCUCACCAUCGGGAUCGAGGUGGAGUAGACAACAAUGGUGAUCUUUGCCCUUUUUGAACAUCUGGCCCUUCGACUUUUGGAUAUUUACUUUUCGACCCCAAAACUAUCAAUUGUGCAGAAAGGUCCACCCGGGUCAACCCCAAAGCUUUUGAUUGUGCAAUCUAACCAAAGGGAAUAUUCUGAAUUUGCAGUGUUGGUCCCUGACCUCUUGAUGGUCCUCAUAUCGACCCCAAACUUUGUAAAUUGCAACAAUAACCUCACGGUUUAGCCCCAAACUUCUCAAGUGUGCGAUCCAAACCCUAGAAUAUGCAAAUGAAACACCUAAUAUGCAAUCUAAUGAUCAAAAAUGCAUUAAUAUGUGUUCCCAUGAUGCCGCAAGAACUAUAACUUCUCUCCUAUGGAGAAGGCAAAGCAUCAAUUCUCUGAAGGUGAUGAUCUGAAUAUAGAUGCAUUCCAAGAUAUGGAUAUUGCGGGAUCAGGUAUUUGGGGAUCUGAUUAUCAUGAUAUGAGAAUGGAUUGUGAUAAUCAAGAAGAUGAUCUUCUCGGUGAAGACUUGGAAGCAAUGGAGAAAGAGGACCUUGCACCGGUGAUACUGUUUAAGAUCAACAUCUAGGACGGGUAAUGCAAAGGAUCAGUCUUUAAGGUGGAGUCGUUCAAGAACGAGCGUGCCAUUAGGUUUUCACGGCAAAAAGGCAUAAAUAUUACGUAACGGAUCUCCAAGGCAGGGUGCUUCAUCAAGGUUUUUUCUUAUAGGAAAACCGAGCAAAAAUAGAAUCGACACAGUGUAUCAAAAAAAUCUAAAGUCAGCUCUCAUUUGGAAAAGGGCGUCGAGGAGUCCACAAAAACCUUGGAAAAUCAUCCACGAGGACGCUCGGUUGGAACUGUAGAGGGAUUAGGAAUGAUCUCACAGUUCGACACUUUACAGAGAUGUGUCAGAAGCAUCACUAAUGACUUGUUUUCCUUUUUGAGAGCAAGAACAGAAAGCUGUUGUUACAAAACAUUCAGGCCGACUUAGGAUUUGAUCACUUGUGUACCGCUGAGCCACUUAGUCUUAGUGGAGGUUUAGCUCUUUUAUUUAUGGAUGAAUUUCAAGUUAAUGUUUUAUUUUCGACGGAAUGAUUGACAUUGAGGCAGUCAUUAAUGGAAUAAAAGUUUUUAUGACAUUUGUUUAUGGAGACCAUGUUUUAAAACGUAGAGAUCAGGUUUGGGAACGUCUUACCAGUUUCUCAACAACACCAAAUGGACAUUGGUUCAUGAUUGAUAAUUUUAAAGAAAUUACUGAUCAUAGCGAAAAGGAAGGAGGCGGAAGGCAUUCUGAUAGCUCCUUCUUGCCUUUCAAGCAGAUGUUGUGUGAUUGUGGCAUGCUGAAAUUUUCAUUUAGUGGGAAUAUGCUUUUUUGGGUUGGAAAAAGAUCUGGAAGGACAACUGUUGGAUGUCGAUUGGAUAGAGCAGUGGAGACUGAGGAUUGGCAUGACUAAUUUCUUCAUACAACUAUUAAGUAUCUCAGGCUGUAGAGCACAUAUCAUCGUCCGGUCCUAGCGAAUAUUCUCACAAAACCAGUGAAGAAACAAAAGAAAUUCAAAUUUCAUAAACGCUGGUUGGAUAAUGAGGAACUAAGGCAAGUCAUUCUGGAAGGGUGGAAGUCAUAGGAUCUACCUCCUAAAGCGAAUAUAAUGGAACAUAUUGCUAGUUGUCGAAAAGCUUUGAGCCAAUGGAAGAGACAAAACAAUGUGAAUUCUGAAAAGCUACUGGAAGAGCUUAAGGAGAAGGUAAAGGGCCGAAUGAUAAUGCUACUUCCGAGGAAAUAACAGAUGCUCAAAAGGAACUAUCUACUGCUCUUAAAGCAGAAGAGAUGUUUUCGAGACAGAAAAGCAGGGUUCUCUGGUUAAGGGAAGGUGAUAGGAACUCAAAAUACUUUCGUAACUGAAUGGGAGGUUAAACUAGUGCUUUUCGCCAUGCACCUAGAAAAAUCCCCAGGACCAGAUGCAAUGACAACCCUCUUCUACCAGAAGUUCUGAGAUAUUUUUAAAGAAGAUUUAACUCGUAUGGUUAAUCAGUUUUUUUUAAGGGACAAUGGCGCAAGCGCUAAAUGAUACCAAUAUCUGCUUAAUCCCUAAGACGACUAAUCCAAAUGAGAUGACAAAAUUUAGACCUAUCAGUCUAUGCAAUGUCAACUAUAAGACAACGGAUAUCUAAAACCUAGUCAACCAUUGUUGCUGGAAGAAUAUCAUGAUAAUAUCAUGAUUGCUCAGGAGAUGUUCCACGCAUUGAGAACCAAGCCAGGUGGAAGAGUUAGGAGAAUGACCAUAAAAACGGAUAUGAGUAAAGCAUAUGAUAGGAUGAAAUGGUCAUUUAUUAAGGCUGUCAUGCAGAAGAUGGGGUUUUCAGAGAUAUAGAUUGACUGGAUUAUGAGAUGCAUCACCUCGGUCAAGUACGAAGUUCUCAUGAAUGAAGAGCCAAGAGAAAAUAUUGUCCCAUGAAGAGGUUUACGUCAAAGAGAUCCUUUGUCUCCUUUCAUAUUUGUUCUAUGCACUGAAGCGAUCCUUAGCCUUCUUAAUCAUGCAGAGAAACAAGGAAAGAUAACGGGGAUGCGAGUCGCACGCGCUAGGCCCUCUAUAUCACACCUUCUCUUUGCUGAUGAUAGCAUUUUAUUCUGCAAGACGGAUCCCCGUGAAUGUGAAGAAGUUAUAAAAGUAGUCAGGAAGUAAGGAAAAACGUCAGGUCAAUGUAUCAACUUCGAUAAAUCCUCAUUACUCUUUGGUAAGAGGAUUUCAGCAAAUGAUCGACAACUGAUUAAAUAUACACUUGGUAUCCAAUACGAAUGGGGAAUGGGCUCCUACUUAGGAAUCCCAGAGGAUAUUAGUGACUCCAAGUGUAAGCUAUUCGCUUUCUUAAAAGAAAAACUAUUACACAUAGUGAAUGGUUGGACUGGUAGAUGGCUAUCGAAAAGAGGAAAGGGAGUUUUAAGUAAAUAUGUUUUAUUAGCUUUUCCGACAUGUCAUGUCCAGCUUCUUGUUUUCUUUGGAGAUAUGUGAGAACCUAGCAAGUGCCAUCACACAAUUCUGGUGGAGCUCAAAUUCAUAAAAACGAAGAAUUCACUGGGCUAAAUGGGAAAAGAUGUGUGCACCUAAUGCGGAGGGAGGAAAUGCUUUCCGCAUGAUCCAUGAAUUCAACCUAGCUCUUUUAGCAAAGCAGCUUUGGCGUCUUGUUCAAUUUCUAAAUUCAUUAGUGGCGACAGUUCUUCAGGGAAAUUACUAUCGCAUGAGCUCGCCUUUGCAAAUUGGAGUAGUGGAUGACCCAUCAUAUGUUUGGACGACUAUUAUAGCGGAAAAGAAGCUAUUACUGUUGGGUAUCAGGAACAAAGUACAUUCAGGAUAUGAAAUUAAUGUGUGGCAGGAUCCAUAGAUUCCUUCAUCGCCAGCAAGGCCGGCUCGUCCCAGGCCCCAGUAGCAUAUCCAAAAAUGACCGUCAAUAGUCUUAUCAAUUUUGAAUCGAAGGAAUGGAUGCUCGAUUACUUGAACAAUAUGUAGAUUAAGAGGACAUACCGAUGAUUCAGAGUUUGACCAUAAGCCCUACUCAUCGACGGGAUAACUUUUGCUGGAGCUACAACAAAAAUGGUCAAUAUAUAGUCAACUCUGGAUAUUGAGUAGCUACAAAUAUAUUGACAGAUGACCCCGAAAAAGAAGUUCUAUAGCCCAGUAUAACCAAACUUCAAAACCUUUGCUUAGAAAAUGAAUGCACCACACAAAAAUUUGUCAUCUUAUUUGGCAAUUAAUCUUAAGGCAGGUAGCGGUCACAAGAAAUCUAGUACGCUGCAAUAUGCGAUGUGAUAACUACUGCCCAUGAUGUGGAAAGCCAGAAGAAAUUAUUACUAAUGUGAUCUCCGAAUGCCCAUUUGCCUUACAUGCAUGGGCAUUAUCAUCAACACCGUCAAGUUCUCAAACUUUUUUUUAUCUUGAGAAUCUACGCCAAUAUGGACUAUCUUUUUUGAAGGAAGAAUACUAUGAUGGAGACAAAAGAUGAUAGAGACCUUUAUUCUUGGAUAAUCUGGUACAUUUGGAAGGCUAGAAAUGAUAAGCUAUUCAGGGGUAUAGUCAGGGAUCCGUUGGAACUAGUCAAGUAUGCAGAGAGUGCGUGUCAGGGCUGGUACAAUGCAAAGGAUACUAUACAUGCUCCUCCACAAGCACAAAUUGUUGAAGAAACACAAGCCUUAAGCGUGGAUAAUAUUUGUAUGAUGGAUGGUUCAUGGAGCUCCACUUAUCAAUUCAGUGGAAUUGGAUGGGUUUGAAAGGAUAACAUGGAAAAGAUCCAACUUAUGGAGACACACAACUUAAGGAGACGUGAGACAGUAUUACACUCGGAACUGGAAGAGCUAAACUGGACAAUGGAGAGCAUGCUACAACCUUCGACCUGUCAGAGAUUUGAGACAAAUUGCAAGGAUCUGAUUGCAAUGAUAACGAAGCCACAAACUUGGCCAAACUUCUCAAAUGAGCUGGAGGUCGUUCAAAUUUUCCAGAUGUGUUUUUUGGACUUCAAGAUCAGUUACUUCCCAAGAACGCAAAAUAAAAUUAUUGAUUCGCUAGCUAGGAAUGUCCAUUCUUUUCAUAGAUCUCUUUGUUUUAUUGGUUGUUCUAUUUCGGUCUAAUUAUCCAGACCAUCUCACAUUUGAGUAAUAUAAUAGCCGUUUGUUGUAAGAAAAAAACUUAUAUUAUGAAUAAAAUACUUUAGAUUUUUCGAUGGAGUAAACCAAAGGAUAUUGCAACUAUAAAAAUAGCAAUCAUAACCUAUUUCACCAUUUAAAUAACAUAAAUAUAUGUGAGAUUAUACUAUUUAUGUUAUACAAUUAAUUUGACAUUGACUAAAGAAUACAUGAGAUCAUUACAUGAUAAUAUAUGCGAGGUGAAGUUGGUGUUUGGAUGAAAAUUUCACGUUAUGAGAUACAUUUCCACAUUUGGUUAAAUUAUAUUAUUUAUUUUGUGACAAUCAUCCCUUUAAGAUUGUAAGAAUGUCUUAACCUUAGUAAAUUAAUUAUAGAGCUUUUGAAGGGGACUUGCAGAUAGUUGUUUAGACUAAGAUUACACUAUUUCAGUUUAACAAAAAUAAAAGAAAUCUACAUAUAGUUAAAACAACUGAUAAUACGGUAUAGACCAAGCAAUUUCCACGUUCGAUAGAUGAUAAAAAAAUCCACGAUCAAACCCCAAACGCACGCAAAAAUAUGUAUACUUGUCAGAUAGCGUUAUCCUUUUAAGACACCACGUUACACUUUAAAUGCUGGCAAUUCAACCUUCGUGCCUUCGUGGUGCUUACUGAUUGGUUAAGAAUGUUUUGAGUAAUUUUUUGGCUAAUUUGAUCAAUAUUUUUAUUUUAUUUACGCCAUUACAUUUUUCUUAAACAAAUAUCCAAAAAAUAUAGUAUAGAAUUAUAUGCUUUUAAACUUCUAAGAAGAUGAAUAUUUAUAAAUGCCACAAAAAGAAAUUGGUGUAUUCAGCGUCAAAAGCUUUCUCUAAUCUUUCUGUGGUAUUAGAACAGUAAAAAGAUGAUCCAUUAUAUAGUACAUACAAAAUAACUAUGGUACAUAUGAAAAUGAAUUUUCUUAUAUUUAAAUAAUAAAAGACUAGUGUGCCCAACCGUGGAGGUUGGGGACUCUAUGCUUCCGCGAAGUCUGUCUUUUCUUUAUCUUUCUAAUAAAAAAUAUUAUUCUUCCUAAUUGCUUAAUAUAUCAAACCAUACAAAAAAAAAUUUGAUCAAUACAAACAAAAGUUUGCAUACAAAAUUGAACAUAUAAAAAGUGAAUCCUUUUACCACAGAAGCAUAUUAAUGACUAGGAAAUCAUUAUUUAAGAGAGGCCGUAGCAACGGUGACUGAUAACCUUUUGAGUAGAGGUAUGAAGAUUGAUUCUAGAUGUCAGGUCUGUGGUAUGGAAGGAGAGUCCAUAAAUCAUGUGCUGUUCACUUGCACUUUGGCUAGACAAUUUUGGGCCAUUUGUAACUUUCCUCGGCCUCACUCGGACUUCUCUGUUUCCUCUAUAUAUUCUAACAUUUUCUAUGUUCUGAAAGCAAAGGAUAUCCCCUCCAUUCCUUUGAAUAUCAGUAGAGCGGGUCCUUGGAUCAUAUGGAAUAUCUGGAAGAACAGAAACUCUCAUUUCUUUGAGGGUUGCGUAACCAAAGCUCCAUAAUUCCUUGAGAAAGUGUAUGAAGAAGCAAAUCACUGGUUCCUGAUCAAGACAAUUGAAAAAGAGGAAAAAGCCAUUGACCUUGAUCGGAAGAAGAAAAUAAUGUUUGGUUGGAAACCUCCACCUUCGGAUUGGAUCAAAUGCGAUAUAGGUUCUGCUUGGAGUAGUUUCAAAAAUGAAAGUGGAGCUUCAUGGGUUCUCAGAGACAGCGAUGGAAAUGUUUUGUUACAUGGUAGAAGAUCCUUCUCAGGAAUUUACAGUCGUAUGGAUGCUUAUAUGGAAAGUUGGUUAUGGGCAAUUGAUAGUCUCAAAAACCUUCACUUCGAUUCAAUUAUUUUUGCAAGUGAUGAUAAAGAUCUAGUUGCGGCAGUUACUAAACCAUCUGCUUGGCCAUCACUUAAGUUCUUCUCUCAAAAGAUCUGCAUUCAGCUUCAUAAUUUUUUGUUCUGGCGUGUUCAAUCUUUGAAACGCUCAGAUAUCAGAGGAGCUUCUCUGAUUGCUGAUAGUGUCAUCAAAGAGGAUCGCUAUCAAUCUUACAUUGCUGCUGGAUAUCCUGGUUGGUUAAGACAUCUCUUUGUUUUAUCAUAAGGUUGCUUUGUAAUGUUUAGAUUCUGGCUGAUCCUUUUGUAAAAUUCUAUCUGAUCGAUACUAUGUAUCUGUAAUACCUUAUUUCAAUGAAAAGUGUU